ACUUUAUCAAUGGCUGACAACCAUCAACCACCACUCUCCCACCAGGUGGCAAAGGCCACCACCGCCGUCACCCUCGGCGUCUCACUUACGGUCCUCUCGGGCCUUACCAUGUCCGCCACCAUCAUAGGACUUGUUCUGCUAACCCCGUUGCUACUCAUAUUCAGUCCCGUGUUGAUCACGGCCGUUUUCACCUUCUUUCUGAUACUCGCCGGAUUUCUUACUUCCGGCUUGUUGGGUGUCUCCGCCGUGUUUGUUUUUUACUGGAUGUACUGUUAUGUAAGUGGAAAACACCCUAUUGGUGCCGAUCGGCUAGACCGGGCCCGUGAAAGGAUCGCCGGAGCAGCCAUGAAGAUGAAGCAGUUUGGGCAUCAGACCGACACCCAGAGGGAAGUUGGUCACUAGAAGUCGUUCUACUUCUAAUGGUUGUAGUGCACCCAUCACCGGCCACCGCCAUCGCCAUCGCCAUCGCCAUGAUCACAUACUUUUGUGUGUUUUUUCUGCAAUGUUAGUAUAUGUUUACGACUACAAGGACCGGGCCGACCCGAUUACAAAAAAACCAGCCCGUCAUUUCAGUCUAAUAUAUAAGCUUAACAGUUUCAUUUCUAAUAAUCCCAGGGACCGAUCAAGAAUUCAAGAUCCAUACUGUAUUUAUAGCUUUGUUCUGUUGAUUUUUAACAUAAUCCAUCUAAUUUGAUUAUUUAUUUAUCCAUAGGUUUUUGCAUUUUAAAGUGAUCUUUUAUCCAAUUGUGCGACCAAUUAAACUAUGAUUUGAUUUAGGGGUGACUAUGGGAUGAUCGGGUUGAAGACAUUUGAACAAUUCAAUCCAAUGCUUGCGGUUUAAAA